AGGCCCGCAAGCUCUUCUCAGUGCGGCCGGGCAGAGCCAUGGCCCUGCGGGCGCGGGGUGCUCAGCGGCUGGGCGGCAUCCUGCUCUUCGCUCUGCUCGCUGCGAGUGCCGCCUCACUCAGCUGGGAUCUCCCCGAGCCCCGCGGCCGGGCCAGCAAAAUCCGAGUGCACCCGCGGGGCAACCUCUGGGCCACCGGUCACUUCAUGGGCAAGAAGAGUCUGAAGCCCCCCAGCCCACCCCUACUGGGGGCAGCUCCCCACUUCUCCCCGAGGGACCAGAGACUGCAGCUGAGUCACGAUCUGCUCAGGAUCCUCCUGCUGAAGAAAGCUCUGGGCCUGGGCCCCGGCGGCCCACCACCUCCCACCCGGGAGGCUGCUGGUGGACAUGCUGCGGAAGUGAUGCCAUUAGUGAGGAAGAUGCGACAACGUGGCUUAGAUUGUGCCCACCCAGGGAAGGUGCUGAAUGGGACCCUAAUAGUGGCCCCAUCUGGAUGUAUAUCCUGGGCUCAAAUCUCUGUUACUCCAUUACUGUGAUUUCUGGUCGGGUCACUGGGAAUGUCGCCAAGGCAGACACAAAUUAUGUCCCUGCUGUAUUUCUUGCUUCCCUGUUGAAGUGGUGAAUAAAAAA